CGAAAAUGGAAUAGAUAACGGAAGUUGGGAGCCAAUGAAAAUCAAAACUCAGCGCAGAAAAACCAAAUCAUCAGAAGAAUCAGAAUCAGAAUCAGAAGAAGAAGAUGGACAAAAUAGUUUACGAUCGGAGCAAAUUCUAGGGUUCUUUCUUAUUUCAAGAUCUCUUCCUGCGAUUCUUUAACGUUUCUCUCAACAAUCUCUCCACCAAAACGAUAAACCUUCUGGUUCCUUACAUCUCCCUCUCCACAUCUCCGUUUCUCAGGUAUUUGAUAGCGCUUGCUUGUUUCCUCUUUUUUCGGAGAUGAAGGUGGUGAUUUAUUGGUAGAGAUCAAAUGCCGGACGAGGAUUUGAUCGAGUUGAAGUUCCGACUGUAUGAUGGAUCGGAUAUUGGUCCAUAUCGUUAUUCCCCAACUUCAACUAUAGCCAUAGUUAAGGAGAAGAUUGUUGCAGAUUGGCCUAAAGAUAAGAAAGUUGUACCCAAGGCAGCAAAUGACAUAAAACUCAUAAAUGCUGGUAAGGUUUUAGAAAACAACAAGACUGUUGGUCAAUGUCGAGUGCCUUUCGGGGAUCUGCCUAGAGGAGUUAUCACUAUGCAUGUUGUGGUGCAGCCAACUAUAGCAAAAGCAAAAACAGAAAAGAAGAUUGACGAGACCCCAAGAAAAAACGUAUGUUCGUGUUCCAUAUUGUAGGAAGGUCGGUAUCAAUCGCCAGGAAGCUUGAAGCGAGGAUAACGCCAGCCAGCCAGCCAACCUAGUGGGGUAACAGAAAUGUGUAGUAGCAAAAUAGAAUAAUAUCACUAUAGAACAAAGUCCCCAUCCCUGAGAAUUACAUAGUUCUCUUCAGGUCGAUCCUGCGUGACUCGAAUAUAUAUCGUGUGAAUCUAUAGAAUCAGUAAUAGUCCGAAGUAUGUAAUGUAGGCAGUUUUGAUUGUUUCAAAAUUAUUUUUACAGAAAGAAAUGGGGGGAUCAACUUGAUCCUGAGAUUUGUAUGUCAA